AAGACUGCCUCUGCCCUGACGACCCGGAUCUCACUACCUGUGUUACCUGCAUCGAUGGAGAUGACUGCGUCUGCCCUCCCGCGGGCGGCAUCUGCACCCUCCCACUACUCCUUGCGACCCUGACACGGAGGACUGCCUGUGCCCUGAUGAUCCGGAUCUCACCACCUGCGUCACUUGUAUUGAUGGAGACACUUGCACAUGCCCCCGCGGGCGGUAUCUGCACCCCUCCCACUACUCCUUGCGACCCUGAUACGGAGGACUGUCUCUGCCCUGAUGACCCGGAUCUCACCACCUGUGUCACUUGUGGCGGUGUCUGCACCCCUACCGGUCCUUGCGACCCUGAAGUCGAUGCUUGCGUCUGCACGGAUGAGGAGGACCUCACUACUUGCGUGCCCUGCGUUGACGGCGAGACUUGCACCUGCCCCCUGAGGCCGCCCUGUGAUCCCGAGGUAGACAACUGUCUCUGCCCGGACGCCCCUGAUCUGACCACCUGUGUUGCUUGCACGGAUGGAGAUGACUGCAACUGCCCUGCUGAUGGCGGUGUCUGCACCCCCACUGGCCCCUGUGAUCCCGAGGUGGACACCUGUGUCUGCACAGAUGAGGAGGACCUCACCACUUGCGAGCCCUGCGUUGACGGCGAGACUUGCACUUGCCCUGCUGAUGGCGGCAUCUGCACUCCCACCGAGCCCUGCGAUCCCGAGGUAGACACCUGUCUCUGCCCAGACGCCCCCGAUCUGACCACCUGUGUUGCUUGCGUUGAUGGAGACGACUUCGAUACUUGCGUCUGCACGGAUGAAGAGGACCUCACCACUUGCGAGCCCUGCGUUGACGGCGAGACUUGCACUUGCCCUGCUGAUGGCGGCAUCUGCACUCCCACCGAGCCCUGCGAUCCUGAAGUCGAUACCUGUCUCUGCCCGGAUGCCCCUGAUCUCACCACCUGCGUUGCAUGCACUGAUGGAGACGACUGCAACUGCCCUGCCGAUGGCGGUGUCUGCACCCCCACUGGCCCCUGUGAUCCCGAGGUAGACACCUGUGUUUGCACAGAUGAGGAAGACCUCAGCACCUGCGAGCCCUGCGUUGACGGCGACACCUGCACUUGCCCCGCUGACGGUGGUAUCUGCACUCCCACUGAGCCCUGCGACCCCGAAGUAGACACCUGUGUCUGCACGGAUGAGGAGGACCUCAGCACCUGCGAGCCCUGCACCGACGGCGAGGACUGCACCUGCCCUGUCGACGGUGGUAUCUGCACUCCCAACACCCCUUGCAACCCCCUCGAGGAGACCUGCCUCUGCCCCGAUGCUCCUGAUUUCAGCACCUGCGUGCCCUGCGAGGACGGCGAAGACUGUACCUGCACUUCCAUCGUCGAAGGCGAUGUGACAACCAUCGUUUGCAUUGUGAAGGAGGACAUCAACACCACUGGCACGGAGACUGGCACAGCGACUGGUACCGAGACUGGCACCGAGACUGGCACCGAGACUGGCACUGAGACCGGCACCGAGACCGGCACCGAGACUGGCACCGAGACUGGUACGGCGACUGGUACCGAGACUGGCACGGAGACCGGCACGGAGACCGGUACUGAGACUGGCACCGAGACCGGCACGGAGACUGGUACGGAGACCGGUACUGAGACUGGCACCGAGACCGGCACCGAGACCGGCACGGAGACCGGCACGGAGACUGGUACGGAGACUGGUACGGAGACUGGUACCGAGACUGGUACCGAGACCGGCACGGAGACUGGUACCGAGACCGGCACGGAGACUGGUACCGAGACCGGCACCGAGACCGGCACAGAGACUGGUACCGAGACUGGCACUGAGACUGGCACCGAGACCGGCACCGAGACUGGUACGGAGACCGGCACCGAGACCGGUACCAACUCUGGCACGGAUACGGCUACCGCCACCAACACCAACACUGAUUCUACCUCUGGUACCAGCACUGGCACCAACACUGACACCAAUACCGGAUCCAACACUGGAACCAACACGGGUACUUCCAGCGCCCCCACUGGCACCGAGACCGGCACCGAUAGCACGAAUACCAGCAGCAGCACCAGCACCAUCUCGACUAGCGGCGUGGAUCCUAAUGACGGCGCCCCUGGCAACAUUGGCCCUUACGGCAGACUAGGAUGCUUCCGUUCCGAGGACGGCUUCCCCUCCUUUACCCUCGCCAUUUCCUCGCCCUUGAACACCCUCGACUUCUGUAUCGCCGUCUGCGGUGGCACCAGGUUCGUCGGUGUCUUCGGUCCCAACUGCUACUGCGGUCCCAGAAUCAGCGCCGUCCCCGUCACCAUCGGUCGCUGCAACAUCCCCUGCCCCGGUAACGACGAACAGUUCUGCGGUGGUCUCCUCGACCAGAGCGAGCUCGCCCGUCGCCAGGCGGUCAUUGCUCCCAACGUCCUGCUCCUCAUCUACGUUCGAGGUGGUAUCCUCCCCGACGUCACCGCCACCAUCACCGACCGGGAGACCAUCACCAGCGCGGUUACCCUCACCACCACGUUUAGCGGAUCGGACGGUAUUACCGUUGAGACCCUCACCUCCACCUACACCAGCACCGUGUGCCCUACUUGCACCGUCAGCCCUCACUGCGGUGGACCCGAGUGCCCCUUCUGGCCCGGCAACAAACCCGGUCGCCCUUGCGUUGACGGCAACUGCGGUGGUGAACAUGGCAAGCCUUCUCCUCAUUGCCCCAGCGGCAAGUGCGGCGGUGAUGGACCCGGCUCCCCCGGCUGGGGUGCGAAGCCCGGCCACUGGGGAUCCGGAUCUGGCAACGGCGGCAACGGCGGCAAUGGCGGUCAUGGAGGCAACGGUGGCAACGGCGGCGCUUGGGGAUCCGGCAGCGGUGGCCACGGCGGCGCCUGGGGAUCCGGUAACGGUGGCAACGGUGGAAACGGCGGCAACGGCGGCAACGGAGGCAGUGGUAGUGGCAGCGGUGGCAAUGGUGGCAAUGGCGGCAACGGUGGAAACGGAGGUAACGGCGGAAGCACUGGCGGCGGCAGCGGUGGUAAUGGUGGCAACGGAGGCAACGGAGGGAAUGGUGGCAAUGGUGGCAACGGCGGUGGCUCCAGCGGAAACGGUGGUGAUGGUGGUAACGGAGGCAACGGCGGAAAUGGUGGCUCGUCUGGCGGUGGCGCCGGCGGAUCCACUGGAGGCGGCGCUUCCGGCGGUGCUUCUGGCGGUGCUUCUGGCGGUGCUUCUGGUGGUGCCUCUGGUGGUGCCUCUGGUGGUGCCUCUGGUGGUGCCUCUGGUGGUGCCUCUGGUGGUGCCUCUGGUGGUGCCUCUGACGGUGCCUCUGACGGUGCCUCUGGUGGUGCCUCUGGUGGUGCCUCUGACGGUGCCUCUGACGGUGCCUCUGGUGGUGCCUCUGGCGGUGCUUCCGGCGGUGCUUCCGGCGGUGCCUCUGGCGGCGGCGCUGGCGAGAGUGGCGCUUCUCCUGCUGGUGGCUCCGGCUCCAACGGAGCUGACGGCUACGCCACUGCCGGCUCGUCCAAGUCGCAGGUUGGCGCUGGCCUCCUCGCCAUCGGCAUGGCGCUCCUGUUCUAA